UUUACAUCCUGCAGCGGUGGUUCCGGAUCCUCUCGACAACAGGCUGAGCACCGGGACACACCGGGACGCACCGGGAGCCACUGGGACGCACCGGGACACACCGGGACACACCAGGACGCACCGGGAGCCACUGGGACGCACCGGGAGCCGGAGAACCUCUUCUGUCCUCGAGGGGGCUCCUCUGGUUGUAUAGAAGUCAGUGAACACUGUAGUGUCACCAUGGGUGGAGCUGUGAGUGCCGGGGAGGACAACGACGAGCUGGUGGACAACCUGAAGGAGGCGUACUACAUCCGCUCCGCCCGGGUGGAGCGGGCCUUCCGGGCCGUCGACCGGGCCGACUACUACCUGGAGGACUACCGGGACCACGCCUACAAGGACUUGGCAUGGCGGCAUGGGCAGAUCCACCUGUCUGCUCCAUGUAUCUACUCUGAGGUGAUGGAGGCGUUGGACCUGCACCCAGGACUUUCCUUCCUCAACCUGGGCAGUGGGACGGGCUACCUCAGCACCAUGGUGGGCCUCAUCCUGGGACCCUUGGGGGUGAACCACGGCAUGGAGCUCCACCCAGACGUCGUUCUCUACGCCGCCCAGAGACUGGAGCGCUUCAUCAGGACCAGCAGCAGCUUCGACAAGUUUGAGUACAGCAGUGACACCACAGACGACGACAACAACAACAACAGUGACGAGCUGCUGAAGAAGGAGCUCCGUGUCCACAGAGUCUCAGUGUUCCUCCUCCAGGAGGACGCCUCCUCUCAAUGGACCACCUGGACCCUGAAGAACUACAGAACCAAAGAACUACAGAACCACUGA